AGCUGUCAAAAAAAUAACCUAAAAGUCCAUUUGUUUUGGCUAAUUUAAUUUACUAAUUUAAAAUGUUUCAUGUAUCAAACAUAUGUAGGAAUUAUUCUUUUACUUCAAACAUAGCAGUACAAGUUCGUAAUAAAGCGAAGACGCAUUGGGCAAAACUUAAAAAAAAGACGUCUCCAAAGUACAAAGCUUUGAACCACUUCGACGACUUCUACGCCUCAGUGUUUGGUUCCAAAUGGGAGCCUAUGCGGCAAGCGUUGUUGCGGGGUUCCAAAUACGUUGCUGUUGUCAAUAACUAUGGCGAUGCUGAAGAAACUAUUGAAUACUUGACACACAGAGGUGCACACUGUCUUAAAAACCUCAUGAAAGUCCAGCAAGAGUUCCACAAGGAAUACAGCCCAAAGUCUGCUGACCCACCUCCAAUAAACAACACAAACAAACUUCAAGAAUAUGUCAAUAGAGUCCAAAGUGAGGAUAUAUCCAGUCUUUACCCAGAAGGUGCAGAUACUCCAGACAGAUUAAGCUUCAAGGAUAAAAAGCCUGAUGGGAAUGAGAGGAUAUUGCACAUAAAUAAAUCAGAUGGAGAAGGAAAACAAGGCAUGAAUUACCCAACAUCAGAGUCCCAACUAGACGAGUCCAGAAUCAUUGACCCAUCAAUGGGGAUGUCAUCAGAAGUCUUGUACCAGUACAUACCAGCUACCAAACUGAAGGGCAUGGAUGAGUGGAUACCAGAAUCUUUACACUAUUCUUAUUAUUCAACUGACAAAGACUUUCCAUUAGUAAUUGAGCCAGAAACAGAGUUCCAAAUACCUGAACAUUUGAAAGUGUACACAUAUGAAAUGGACAGUGAAUACCACAAGUUUCCAGAACCUAAAAGAUGUAAAACAGGGGUGUUCAACUACUACCCGAUGGACUGCGGGUCAGUUCUCGCGGUGCUUGCCCUCUGCCUGUCGCCCGGUGACCGUGUACUUGACUUGUGCGCGGCGCCCGGCGGCAAGUCGCUGGUCGCGCUGCAGACGCUGCUGCCUGAUAUAGUGGUGUGCAAUGACACCUCGAUAUCGAGGCAUAACAGAAUGGAGAGAAUUUUCAACGAUUACCUCUUUGACUUCAAGACAAGCAACAAGUGGCGAGAACGGGUGCUCACAACUAGGGUAGACGGGAGGAUAUACAAAGAUGAUCAGGGAUUCGAUAAGGUGCUAGUAGACGUGCCGUGUACCACAGACCGGCUGUCGGUGAACGAAGACGAAAACAACGUGUUCCGACCCGACCGGGUCAGAGAACGGCUCAAGCUGCCCGAGAUGCAGUCGCAGCUGUUGACGAACGCUCUCCGGCUGGUGCGUCCAGGCGGCGCAGUAGUAUACUCCACAUGCUCGCUAAGUCCCGUUCAAAACGACGGCGUUGUGCACGCCGCGUUGAAACGCGCGUUUGAAGAAUACGGCGUGCUGGCUGCUGUCAAGGACCUCACAAUCCCAAUGUCAGCGCUCAGCAGUACAUUGUUGCUAGCUUCGGGCGACAUCGCGCCACGCUAUGGGCAACUGGUGCUACCGUCGGUGUCUGCCAACUUCGGCCCUUCGUACCUCGCCAGGCUAGUCCGAAUUAAGUAAUUGUAUUGAUGAGAUUGAGAUUAAUGCCUCAGCUAAUGUACACGCUUCAACACUUCGACAAAGUCUUCGAGGAAACUAAUCGAAGUUUGAAGCGCAUAUUCAUAUACAGGGUGGAAACGAUAAGUGCUCAAAAAACUGGUUAGAGAUCCUGAAAGUGCUUCACG